AUUUACAAGCCGAGUCACGAUUGGAGAGAAUUUACUGUGUUCGAGCAAUCGGCAACUAUAAAGACGGGCCACGAGGCUCGAAUAAUCGUACCUGCUCGACCGAGAUUGUCUCAUUUUGUAUACAAGUCGAGGUACAAUUGUAGAGUAUUUGCUGUAUUAAGAAUUGAUGCGUGUCGCACCGAGCAAGAAGUAUGUAAAUGUACCCUGGAUUCGAUUUCAACGAACGAAAAUGCAAUAAAUGAUCAUUGAAUUAUACACCGUCGACGACACGAUGCCAUAAAACUCGCAAACAUUGACCGAACUGAAUGCGAUAUUACAAUUAACGCGAAAUAAGGAGAUCUCCUAAUACUUUUGGAGGGGGGUGUACGUUCGUGCUUCGGUCUUGCAGCUUGCAACCGUUGGCGUGGCGCUUCUUUUCCCGCGAUUCGUCACCGCGAAACAAACGGAAAUAGAUGACGAGGCGAGAUAACGAUCGACGGACUGCGAAUGCCGUGUCGUUUGUCUGGCAUUGCGCGUCACGCGUCGCGCGUCACUCGUUCGCGGUCUGCCCUCCGCUCGUCUCGCCGUUCGUUUCGCGUAUUCGUCGAGCACCGGGGACCAAGCCUUCGGUUCGCGAUCUUCCGCGACCAGUCGCGGCGUUCGUUGUUCUCUCCCUCGCCUCGCCGGGGACCGACGCCGCCGAAACGGGGACCAGCAGCAGCUUCGGUCGGAACAACGCGCAGCCAUGCGGCCGAUUACGAAUUCGCGGCGACAUCCGUUUACGCGUUUUGUUACACCAUAGCCCGAUGAUUGGCGAAGCGUGGUGCGCGCGCGGCCGAGUUUGUUCCCAUUCGUUUUAGUUUUCGAGGAUACAGGUGAACGCGCGAGCCCGUGCACUCUGCACUGUAGUUGUGCCCACGUUGCGGGACGCGUCAGUCAUCGGUGCAUCUGCGACGCGUCUGCAUUUUUUCCCGUGCUCGCUCCGAGGAGUUUCGGAUCGGGAAGCAUCUCCGUCGCCAUAUCGCGUUCUGAUUCGCGAGAUCGGGCCCGUCGCACCUCGUCGUUGGCGCCGUUCGAAGCUUAGCGAUCGCGAUUCGCGACCGAUAUCGCGGUCGGACCGCGCGCGCCGAUCGGAAACGAUAUCUCGCCCGGAACCGAAGAGAGGAACGAUUCGCGGAGAACGAGCUCCGGUUUACAAUACUUUCGAAUGGAAAUCGGUUCUCGCGCAACGCUCGCGUUCGCGUUCGCGUUCGCGAGGAUCGGCGCGGCCCGCUUCGUUACGUAAGCGGGCUGUGUGCAUAUAAUCUACGGCGACCGACGACUCGCGGCUCGCGGCUCGCGAUAGGAAAAAACGAUCCAGCGAUCGGGAAUAUCCUUGGCACAGUCUCGUACGGCUCGACGGGCGCGCGGAACGCCGGCGGACAAAUGAAAUCGAACGCGUCGACGAUCGCGCGUCUCGUGGUCGCGAUCUCGUUUUGCGGCGGAGUCGCGGCGGCCGACCGUGCCGUCGAACGAGAACCGCGAUCCGUGUCGACCUGCUCGGACCACGCUUGGGAAAAGAUCGGAGGCGUCAAGCCGGAAUCGAUAAAGUCGCAAACGAUUCUAUUCAGCGCCGUGAACUCGAACGGGAUCACUAAGAGUUGCUUCGAGAGAUGCUCGCGCUCCAACUGCACCGCGUUCGUCGUGGAUUUCGGCAGAAGCGUUUGCUACACCAUGGAAACGGAAAACGACGAUCUCGUGCCGGAAGCCAACUCUACGUAUUAUCAUCUGAUCUGCGCGAAAGUUCCAGCGAGAUGCCGGCGGGACAGAUUUUGGCAAGUGGAAAGAACCGUGGGCGCGGUGUUCAUCGAUCCAGGCGCGUAUCACUUGCCACGCUCGAUCACCAGGAGCCAGUGCUACGAGAUAUGCGUGGAAACGGGUAGAAGCUGCAAAUCGGCUCAGUUCCGCACGAGUAAGCCGCUCUCGGCCGAGAACGCGAUCGGCCGGUGUUCGCUGUCACUGCUCGAGAGAGGCAUCAGACCGCAGGCCUACAGGGCCUCGAUGUACAGGGACGAGUACCUUCGGGACCAGUGUCGAACCGUCUCGAACCGAGAGUACUGUUCGUACGCGGAGUUUCGAAACGCGACGCUGCCGUACUCGGAGGUCGCUCUGGCCGGUAUCGACGAGAAGCAGUGCGAGCGAAGCUGCGACUCGAACGAUCACGGUUUCCUCUGUCGGGGAUACACGCUGGAGAAUUCGACCGGCGACCCGAUCUGUCUGUUGCACGCGGAGGACACGAGCGGCCUCGGCGUUAGUUCGUUGAUACCCACGGCGAACGCGGUUUACCGGGAACGAGAGCCGUGCCUCGAUCUGAGGGUGCGAUGCAACGAGAGCACGAUGCGGGUAGAACUGAGCACAAGCGACGCCUUCUUCGGUCGGAUUUACGCGGCGGGCUACGCGGAAAGCUGCGCCGUUGAAGGACGAGGCGCGAAUCGAACAACACUGAUGUUGCCGUUGCCGCCUCUGCCGCCUCUACCUUCUCAACCUCGACCAGAACAAUUCGCCAACGUGACGCCGCGAUGUGGUCUCAACAUCGCCUUCUCCGUCGACGAUCAAAAUCGGACGCGGCCGCUGUUUUGGACGACGAUCGUGGUGCAGUUCAACCCGAUCGUACAACGUCUAGGCGACCAAGCGGUUCGAAUCGGUUGCUCGCUGAACGAUCGAGAACCACCGGGUCCGAGGAACGUCACCGUUCAUUCGAGCUUCAGCUUCCUCGACCCAAACGCAGGAGUGCCGCCGAUAUCGUCGACGAUAGUGAACGCGUCGUCUCAACCGCCGCUGGUGACCAUGAGGAUCCUCGAUGAAAAUUCCAAGGACGCCGUGGUCACUCAUCUCGGACAGAAACUGAUUCUCAAGAUCGAGUUAAAUCCGGCGAACGGUCCGUACGACAUCGAGGCUGGUCACCUUGUGGCGAGCAGCGCGUCCGGCGACUCGUCUUUCCUGCUUCUGGAUGAACUCGGUUGCCCCACCGAUCCGUCCACCUUUCCCGCUUUAUCCAAAGACCCCGCCGACGGAAGAUCACUGAUCGCGACUUUCGCCGCCUUUAAAUUUCCCGACAGUCAGCUGGUUCGAUUCAACGUGCUGGUUCGAUUCUGCGCGGAGGUGUGCACGCCGACCAAGUGCAACGGCAACCGGUUCUCUUUCGGAAGAAGAAAACGUGAGAUCGUGAAAGCGAGCUCGAACGAUACCACUCCGGAAGAACUUCCGCUUCAGCUCUCGAUAAUCGUUCAGAAUCCCGUCGCACCCACGCCGGACCGAUUGUCCUCGAGGGGGAGGAACGGGAACCCCGACACGGUCUUGAUCACGGCUGGAAACUCCGUAGACGGACUGUUUUGCGUCGACGCGAGUCUCGCUCUCAGCCUGCUGAUCUUUUGGCUGAUCGUACAAAUCGCGCUGAUUCUUGGCUGCCUGGUGACGGUCGCGCGAUACAGGCGAACCGCUAUUAGAGCGGAAGAAGAGAGAAUCAACGUGCUGACCAGGCAUCUCUACGGCAUUCACGGAGGAAACUAUGAAAUCGUGCGAAGAGUCAGGUGGGCCGAUCACAACGCAUCGACGACGUCCCUCGGCUGACAACCUACAUAACCUACAACUAAGGAUAACGAGUAGUAUCGAAAGGAUAACGAAUAAAUAAGAGUCGCGAAUCGGUCCGUUUCAAAAUCAGGUUUUUAUUCGACCGGCGAUCUUUUUGCGAAGCAAAGCUCCAGGAACGACUAUCCCCUUGAGCUCGCAGUCCUGCAGGGUCCAAAGUGCUGUAUCGACACACCUGCGAAGCAGCAAGAACUUUGCGUAGAUUAACAUUGCAUUUGUACCGCGUUGUUUCGUCCACCCUAUUGUUUUCCGAGACUUACCUUUACCGCACAACGACGCGCAAUUCAACCGUCCUGGAUUCGGAUACAAGACGUUGUCGGUCCCGCAAACCGGAUUAUAUUCGAACGUUGUCUAGAAAAUUAAUGGUUUACCGUUACCGUCACCGACGCGUCGACGACGCUACAUCGCGAUGCAUCAAUAAACGAUACGUUGUACAGCGGGCCGGAACGCUGUACGAGACUUGAUUUUUCGAAGUAACGGAUAUAGUUCAAAUAAAUGGUAAAUCAAUAAAUGAUACUUCAAAGUAUAUGAAACAAUAAACAUUGACAAGGCGAAGUUAUUACUGAACCGUUAAAUCGUAACAUUAAUGGUUCUUUUGUUAUUUAGAAAAGAAAUAAUAAUCAUAGUUUUAUUUUCACAAGCCUGCACACGAGGAAAUACGCGGCUCAGAAUAAAUGAUUCUAUGAAAACGAUUAAUUUGACCAACUUUCUUUUAUAAUAACAAAACCUCAAAUAUUAAAAUACUAUUGACCAGUAAUCUCGAAAUUCACUGUUUCAUUGAAAACAUGUAUGUGUUAUUAAAUAAAAGUUGAUUAAAAAAUUAA